AUGUCGUCGACGGUUGAAGCAAAAGGUCGAACAGUUGGUGGCACCGAAUAUAGCUGGUGCAAAGCGAUCCGCGGUGGCACCGGCAUUGCAGUUCUAUCACUCCUCCUCACAAAACCCAUCGACAUUUCCCGUUUCCAAACCGCCCUCCACAAACUACAAAAUUCCCAUCCUAUCCUCCGAUCAAAACUCCACCAUUCGAACACAACAGACACAGCAUUCUCCUUCGUCACCUCUCCCACUCCCUUCAUCAAAAUCGAAUCCCACAGCCUCACCGCCACCUCCGAGAUUCUCAAAAACAACAAAAACGACACCAUUUCCAUUUCUCCGUUACAAAAAAUCCUCGAACACGAACUCAACCGUAACACGUGGCAAGAGCAAGACUGUAGCACCACCGGCUCCGACAUGCUGUUUGUGACCGUUUACGCUAUGCCUGACGCGAAAACAUGGGUGGUGGUUAUGAGGCUUCAUGUGGCAGCUUGUGAUAGAACGACCGCGGUGUCGCUGUUGAGAGAGUUGCUUGUGUUGAUGAAGAAAGAUGAAAAAGAGACUAAUGGUGUUGAGAUUGAGAAUGUUGUUCCUUUGGCGAUUGAGGAUCUUGUUCCUGGUCGGAAAGCGAAGAAGAAUAUUUGGGCGCGUGGGUUAGACGUGCUUAGUUAUUCUGUUAAUUCGUUUAGGUUUACUAAUUUGAAAUUUAGUGAUACGAAAAAUGCUAGGUUUUCACAAGUGGUUAGAAUGCAACUGAAUCAAAAUGAUACCAAGAGGGUUUUAGAUGGUUGUAAGCGGAGUAAGAUUAAAGUGUGUGGAGCAAUAUCAGCAGCAGGAUUAAUGGCGGCACAUAGUAACAAGAAUAGUUGUAAGAAGUACGGGAUUAUUACCCUCACUGACUGCCGGUCCACGCUGGACCCGCCUCUCUCAAGUCACCAUUUUGGGUUUUAUCACGCUGCCAUCCUGAGCAACCAUGUGAUGAAAGGUGGUGAAAGUCUUUGGGAACUAGCCAAGAGGACUUAUGGAGCAUUUUCCAGCUCUAAGAACAAUGACAAGCAUUUUUCAGAUAUGGCUGACAUGAAUUUUCUCAUGUGCAAGGCCAUAGAGAAUCCUGGUUUGACAUCUUCAUCAAGAACAUCGAUAAUGUCGGUGUUCGAGGAUACGGUGUUUGACGACGGUGGCGAGAUGCAACGAGAGGAAGGGGUUGAUGACUACAUGGGGUGUGCUUCGGUUCAUGGUUUGGGACCGUCUAUGGCUAUUUUUGAUACCAUAAGAGAUGGAAAGCUAGAUUGUGUGUGCGUGUAUCCAGCACCGUUGCAUUCUAGGGAGCAAAUGCAAGAGAUUACAAACAAGAUGAAGGCUAUUCUCAUUGAAGGUGGAAAAACAUAUGAGGAAUGUUGA